AAGUCUGUUGACGCUUUAUUAUGUGAUACAGCAUUGUGAGAGUUAAGGUAACAGAAAAUGAUACACUUUGUUCUUCAAACUUAUUUGGCAAAUCAAGGGUACUGGAGGUUUAUAACAAUUAGUAGUGUCUAAGUCAAGUUACACCCCAACUAUACCAGGAAAAAGAAGGACAGGAAAGCACACACUGUGAAAUUUUACUGUGCACCAACAUAUUUUACACAUCAGGUGGGCUGUUAUGGAAAUUAAGAACUCUGCACAAAAUGUAUUUUUUUAAAAGUUUUAUCAAAAAAGGAACAUUUUCUUCUAAAAAUGAUUAGUACAGCUAAACAAAAUAAAAAUAAUAAUCCUAUCGCACAAAUUAAAAAUACAACCUGAGAAGUUUUGAUCAGGCUUGCCUAAAAUGAGUUGAAACCAAAGCCAUUUUAAGAAUCCAAAAUAUGAGAUUAGUUUUGUUCAAAAAGAAUUAUCCAUAAAAGUUAAUAGAUGUUUGCAUAGUUACCAUAAAAUAAGUAAGCCUUUAUGUAUUUUUACUUCAUAAAGUUGAAUUUCUAUUAAAAUCUAUUACAAGAAAGGGAAAGUAACUUUCCAGUAAUAUUCAGAUUUUUUAGUAAUAUUGAGCCUACAUUUAUGGGACAUCAUUUUUUAAUGUUUGUCCACUGAAUAUUUUAAGUUAUGUUUGUCAUAGGAAAUUAAAUUUGCUUACCAUUCUUAACGAUAAUUUCUUCUCUUUCCUCAUUUGGUUAUAUUUAUCUCAAUUAGUAUAAGAGACUUGUUGAUUUUUUUAAAAAUUAAGGACAUACUAAAUUUCCCCGAGAUAGUUAUUUUGCAGUAAUAUAGAUAAGCGACUCAGAUUAACUUUAAAACAAACCACCAUACAUUCCAUUCAAUUUAUUUUUGCCAGGCAUUGUUUUAGCGGCUUUAUACAGCCAUGUACAAAAUAGACAAGAUUCCAGCAUCAUGAUGCUUAUUUUCUAUUCUAGGACACAAAAUAGAAAAAAAAAAAUCUCAAAUAGUGAUAAGCGUUUUGAAGAAAAGUAUAUAGGACAGCCGGGUAGAGAAUGACCAGGACUACCAUAGCUAGGGUGGUCAAGGAAGGCCUCUCUUGAGUUUGAGUUAAGAGCUGAAUGAGCAUGGCAGAGAGAAACAGUUAACGUGGAUACUGUUCAGGUUUCUUUCUCCCUGGGACCAAAAUGUUUCGAAGUUUCCAUACCUCCGUUUACCCUAACUUGUCAUGAACAUAAAACCUCUUAUAUUGCAGGCAAAAAUCUGAGGUUCACAGAUUAGUAGGGCAAGUAACUGAUUCCGAAGUGUGUACUUGCCUUUAUGAUACUGGAUACACACUGGUGUUAACAAGGAGAACGAUGUACGUGGCAGAGGUUCGGAGAGUACUGGACAUGUUGGUUCUAAUUUGGGUUUAUCCUGGCAGGCUCUAGGUAGAGAGGCUCAGAAAACCUGCGUCCAUCCUUCCCAUCUUUCCUCCCAUUUCCGAAACCACGGCCCCGGUUUCGAGUCCAGAAAAAAAGGAGUAAGUAGAACUCCCAAAGGACAGCUUUCGUGGCUGAACAAGAUGUAAACAGUUUACGUGAUGAUUUCCAACAAAGCGCAAAAGUACAGGUGCAAAAGAAGACGGCAGACACCAAACUUCCCCUGCAGCCACGCCCUCCCCACUUUGGGAGUCUGGGUCCCCGGGAAGGAAGGCCUCCCUAUUGGUGUUCAACGUGUUACGUCACUUCCGCUACCUCCACGGCAGGCGUCGCUAAAUGACGUUGCCGUUUCCGGGUCACCCAGGCAGCUUGUGGCGGCUAAGGCAUCGGUGUUCGCUGAUGUCCAGUCUAUGGAGUCAGUUGGUACCGGUGGCGGCGCGGAGGCAGAAGGCGGUGUCCGAGUAGGGGCCUCUGCCCCACCAGGAUGUUACCGGGCUUGGCCGCCGCCGCGGCCCACAGAUGUAGCUGGUCCUCCCUGUGCCGGCUCCGUCUGCGAUGCAGGGCGGCGGCCUGUAACCCCAGCGACCGCCAGGAGUGGCAGAAUUUAGUGACAUUUGGAAGCUUUUCAAACAUGGUUCCCUGUAGUCAUCCAUAUAUUGGUACCCUGAGUCAAGUAAAGUUGUACUCCACAAAUGUUCAGAAAGAAGGACAGGGAUCACAAACACUCAGAGUGGAAAAAGUACCAUCAUUUGAAACAGCAGAAGGUAUAGGCGCAGAACUCAAAGCUCCACUUAAGCAAGAACCUCUCCAAGUAAGAGUUAAAGCAGUCCUUAAGAAAAGGGAGUAUGGAUCAAAGUACACUCAGAAUAAUUUCAUCACUGGAGUCAGAGCGAUAAAUGAGUUCUGCCUCAAAUCCAGUGAUCUAGAACAACUUCGAAAAAUCAGACGACGAAGUCCCCAUGAAGAUACUGAGUCUUUUACUGUAUACUUGAGAUCAGAUGUGGAGGCAAAAUCUUUGGAAGUUUGGGGAAGCCCUGAAGCUCUUGCCAGAGAGAAAAAAUUGCGUAAGGAAGCAGAAAUAGAAUACAGAGAAAGGCUAUUUAGAAACCAAAAAAUAUUAAGAGAAUACAGAGAUUUCUUGGGAAAUACCAAGCCACGCUCCAGAACAGCAUCAGUGUUUUUUAAGGGACCAGGAAAAGUGGUGAUGGUUGCGAUUUGCAUCAAUGGAUUAAACUGCUUCUUUAAAUUUCUUGCCUGGAUUUAUACCGGUUCAGCAAGUAUGUUCUCAGAAGCUAUACACUCAUUAUCUGAUACUUGUAAUCAGGGUUUACUAGCAUUGGGCAUCAGUAAGUCUGUUCAAACACCAGAUCCUUCUCAUCCGUACGGAUUUUCAAAUAUGCGCUAUAUUUCUUCACUAAUUAGUGGUGUUGGUAUUUUCAUGAUGGGUGCAGGACUAUCUUGGUACCAUGGAGUCAUGGGAUUGCUUCAUCCUCAACCAAUAGAAUCCCUUCUAUGGGCAUAUUGUAUUUUAGCAGGAUCAUUAGUAUCUGAAGGAGCAACACUUCUUGUUGCUGUAAAUGAACUUCGUAGGAAUGCUCGGGCUAAAGGAAUGUCAUUUUACAAGUAUGUAAUGGAAAGUCGUGAUCCUAGUACAAAUGUGAUAUUAUUGGAGGAUACUGCUGCAGUCUUGGGAGUUAUAAUAGCAGCCACUUGCAUGGGCCUUACUUCUAUAACAGGCAAUCCACUGUAUGACAGCCUAGGUUCUUUGGGUGUGGGCACCUUAUUAGGCAUGGUCUCAGCAUUCCUCAUCUACACUAACACAGAAGCACUCUUAGGGCGGUCCAUCCAGCCAGAACAAGUACAACGGCUCACUGAACUCCUGGAGAAUGACCCAUCAGUAAGGGCAAUUCAUGAUGUUAAAGCCACAGAUCUGGGAUUAGGUAAAGUAAGAUUUAAGGCAGAAGUAGAUUUUGAUGGGCGAGUUGUUACAAGAUCAUAUUUGGAAAAACAAGAUUUUGACCAAAUGUUACAAGAAAUUCAAGAAGUGAAAACUCCUGAAGAACUAGAGACCUUUAUGCUUAAACAUGGAGAAAAUAUUAUUGAUACUUUAGGAGCUGAAGUAGAUAGACUUGAGAAGGAACUGAAAAAACGAAAUCCCGAAGUUCGACAUGUAGAUUUGGAGAUACUGUGAGUUUGAUGGAAUGAAUCACCUGGGUGGGGACCUUGGAAACAAGUUUGUCCGUCCACUCUACAAAGUUUCCUCCUCUCCUACACUGAAGGACUCAGUGCCAUGCAGAAGCCUUUUUUUUAAGAUGAAGGAAAUAUUUUAUGUAAAGAGCAACUCAGCAGGACACAGAAUUAAAACUACUACUUACAUCUAAGAGACACACUACAAGUUGAAUCAAUUUGAAAAUCAUGUUUUUAUGCUUCCAUAGGGAACAUUUUGGUUAUUUAAAUUGUUCAUAAUGUCCCAUAUUUCACCUGUUCAGUGUAUACUGUACUUUGCAACCAUCUUUCGUUUUUUCACAAUGGUAAAAAUAAGUGGCAUCCAUAGGAUCAUGAUUUUUAAUUUGUUGCCUCUGAAGAUUUCACUCCAUCAAGAUCUGCCAGUCUUCAAUAUUCUGGCUAAAUCUUGGUAUGUGGUUUUUAAACAGUCACUCCGUUUCAAAAUCUGUCUUUCCUUAUAGAAUGUGGAAAUUAUUUCUCCAUACCUUGUGAUUUUGACCUGAGUGCUAAGAGAAUCACUCUCCUUACCUAGUUAUCUACAAAUGUUCAUUCCAGAAAUGUUUAGUUACUGAAUUGAAUGAAGACAUCUCAGUACACUCUUUUAGGUCAUAGUAGUUGCCAUUUUGUAAAAUUUAUUUUUUCUUCUUUGCUUUUUUCCCCUUAUUUGGUUUAAUUUUUCUAAUGUUAGGAGAUAUAGUCCUAGAUAUUUCCAUGGGCCAGUGUGAUGACUUUUUUUUAAAUGAGGUUCAGUACCAUAAUGUUUAUUUACUGGGAGAUAAUGCAUUUAUAAGCAUUUUAAAAUUCUGUAAAAUGGGUUAGAAAUAUUUAUAAUUUUACAGGCAGGACAGCAUUUGACUUUUAUUUAAAAGGCGGCACUACUUAUGUAAAUCUGAGCUGUGGGAUAUUUCUUGCUUUAAGAGAGAGACAGAAUCACUGAAACUCAUGGUCAUGAUUUUGUAUAAUAUAGUUCAUACUGUGUCUGUGAGUUUCUUCCAGUUACAAAUGGGCAUUUAGCAUAGUUAUAUUGACUAUAACAUGUAAGUAAAUAGCUUUCUACUGACCCUAAGUUAUCAAGGUGGAAAAAAAACAUGCAAUUCAGUAAUUGAAAAUGUGGUGAAAAGCUGCAGCUGUCAUCAUCAAAACAACUCAUAACGUACUUUAAAAUGUUCAGGUAGCAGUGAGCAUUGUUCAUAUGAGAAUGGCAGCUGGGUGAUCUCUUUGCUGAAUUAAUGAGUUGUUAACAUGUGGACCCAACUGCCUGUGUGAGAUCUGUGUCUUAAAACUUACUGAAAUGGAAAUUUAUGAAUUAUUGCAAAUUGUAAUGCUGGAAACAAAAAAUAAAUCCUUGGUUAAAGGG